UGAAGGAGAGCAGGCUGAGUUCCCAGCACAGCUAGAUAACUGACCAUUUGGUGGCCCAUCAUUAGUGUCAGUGUGUGAGGAAUAGUGCCCCAUUAUUGGUAUCAGUGGUAGGAAUAGUACUCCAUCAUUAGUGUCAGUGGGAUGAAUUGUGCCCCAUCAUUGGUGUCAGUGGGAGGAAUCGUGCCUCAUCAUUGGUGUCAGUGGGAGGAAUCGUGCCCCAUCAUUGGUGUCAGUGGGAGGAAUUGUGCCCCAACAUUGGUGUCUGGGGGAGGAAUAGUGCCCCAUCAUUGGUAUCAGUGGGAGGAAGUGCCCCAUCAUUAGUGUCAGUGGGAGGAAUCGCACCCCAUCAUUGGUGUCAGGAGGAGGGAUAGUGCCCCAUCAUUGGUAUCAGUGGGAGGAA